AUUCACUUGAUAGCGAUCGUCGGUUUUUACGCGCGACUUUAAAGCUCAGCAGCUCUGAGGACUCAGUGACCAGAGUGGAAAUUGUGCGAGAUGGGAGUGAAGCUGCGAGCCAGUGCUGGUGCUUAGUUUUUCUGAGGACGCACAAGCGGUGCCAUUGCGCACAACUUCUUUAACUGCAUGCAAACGCAGCCAGAUUCCAGAGUGGACUUUGCUGCGCACGAACAGAGAUGGCUAUACUCAUUAGUUCAUUAAUAGUUCUUACCAAAUUCCUACUUUAUUUAAAAGUGACAUACUGCAUGGAGGUGGAUUUCUGCAUACCUGUUCGUGUGGAUUACCAAAAGCAUGACAAGCAUCUGCACCGGCGCACGGAACAGAUGAAUGAAAGACAGGUUGUUUUUAGGUUAAGUGCAUUCAAUCAGGAAUUUUACCUCCACCUCACUCCGGAUUCUGGUUUCCUUGCAGCGGGCAGCCUUCUGCCCGAGAGCAGCUCCUCAUCACCUAACGCCUCUGCAGCCGCUGACCUGAGGGAAUGCUUCUACUCCGGGGAUGUUAACGCAGAUUCAGACUCAUUCGCAGCCGUCAGUCUCUGUAAAGGCAUCCACGGUGGGUUUUCCUACAACGGCAUGGAGUAUUUCAUCAGCCUAAGCCGGACUGAAGACGUACCUGCGUCUGGUUUUUCAAACUCUUUCGACAGGACUCAUGUGAUCCGCCGCUGGAGACGCGCUGCGCACUCGGAUGGCAACUUCACCAGCAGGUGCGGAGUUACACCUGACGCCAACUUCAAUGCGUCCUUGGAGAAAUACAAACACAUGAGCGAAAUGGAGAUGGAUGGCUUGACUGAAACUGUGUUGAAAAGUCUGGGGAGGUCCAAGAGGUUCGCUUCCAUCCCCAGGUUUGUGGAGGUGCUGGUGGUGGCAGAUGAAUCUAUGGCCAAAUUUCACGGAGAUGACCUGAAGCAUUACCUCCUGACCCUGAUGUCAGUAGCAGCGAGGCUUUACAAGCAUCCCAGCAUUCUUAACUCUAUAAACAUAGUGGUGGUGGGCUUUAUGGUGAUUAAUGAAGCUGACAAGGGACCAAAGGUUUCCAGCAAUGCUGCUUUGACUCUGCGCAACUUCUGUUCCUGGCAGAAGAAGUUGAAUAAACACAAUGAUAAGCAUCCGGAGUACUGGGACACUGCCAUACUGUUCACCAGACAGGAUCUCUGUGGGGCAACAACCUGUGAUACACUGGGGAUGGCCGACGUUGGGACCAUGUGUGACCCGAAGAGGAGCUGCUCUGUCAUUGAAGACGAUGGUUUGCCCUCAGCGUUCACAACAGCCCAUGAACUUGGUCAUGUCUUCAACAUGCCCCACGACAAUGUGAAAGCAUGUGAGGAGGUCUUUGGCAAACUGAAGGACAACCACAUGAUGUCUCCCACUCUGAUUCAGAUCGACAGGAGCCGGCCCUGGUCCGUGUGCAGCGCCGCCAUCAUUACUGAGUUCCUGGACAGAGGUCAUGGAGACUGUCUGCUGGACCAGCCUCAGAGACAGCUGUCUCUCUCAGAUAACCUGCCAGGUGCUAGCUACAGUCUGCACAGACAGUGUGAGCUUGCCUUCGGACCAGGAUCCAAGCCCUGCCCGUACAUGCAGCCCUGCUCCAAGCUGUGGUGCACCGGGAAGGCUCGGGGUCAGCUGGUCUGCCAGACCCGACACUUCCCCUGGGCAGACGGCACCAACUGUGGUAAUGGCAAAGUCUGCUACCAAGGAACCUGCUCCGAGAAGAAUACCACCAUGAACAUCCAGGUGGAUGGUCGGUGGGGGAAGUGGGGUGUGUUUGGAGACUGUUCCCGGAGCUGUGGUGGAGGAGUUCAGCUGGCCAAGAGAGAGUGUAACAACCCUGUACCUGAGAAUGGGGGCAAAUACUGCUACGGCCUUCGAAUCAAAUAUCGCUCCUGCAACCUCAACUCUUGUCCUGAAACAGGUAAGAGUUUCCGUGAGGAGCAGUGUGAGGCGUUCAAUGGCUUAAACCUGAACACCAACAGACUGGGUUCCUCUGUAGUUUGGGUUCCCAAAUAUUCAGGCAUCUCUCCCAAAGACAAGUGUAAGCUGAUCUGCCGUGCCAACGGGACUGGAUACUUCUAUGUCCUAGCUCCAAAGGUUGUGGAUGGGACGCCCUGCUCUCCUGACACCUCAGCUGUAUGUGUUCAGGGAAAAUGCAUCAAGGCCGGCUGCGAUGGCAAGCUCGACUCUAACAGGAAGUACGAUAAGUGUGGGGUGUGUGGAGGAGACAACCAUGGCUGCAAGAAGGUCUCAGGACUGUUCACCAAACCAAUUCAUGGCUACAACUUUGUGGUGACACUUCCUGUUGGAGCUUCCAAUGUUGACAUCCGUCAGCGUGGCUACCGAGGAAUGGUCAGUGAUGAAAACUACCUGGCAGUGAAGAAUCGACAUGGCAAGUACCUCCUAAACGGCAACUAUGUGGUGUCAGCUGUGGAGCGUGACCUGCUGGUGAAGGGAAGCUUACUGCGCUACAGCGGCACCUCCACCUCUGUAGAGAUUCUUCAGGCUACCAGACCUCUGCAGGAGCCUCUGACUGUGGAGGUGCUCUCCGUGGGGAAGAUGACUCCUCCCAGGGUACGCUACUCCUUCUACAUCUCCAAGGAGAACAAGGAGAAGACACUGCAGAAAGAGGAGAGAAGUCAUGCAGUGCAGAACAGCAUCUUGAAGGACAGUAACAGGGUGGAAGCAAAGAAGCAGAUGAUGGGUAAAAGGCCGCUCAGUCACUGGGUGACAGGGAGUUGGGAUCCAUGCUCAGUGACAUGUGGGAACGGUCUGCAGAAGAGGCUGGUGCAAUGCCAGAGCAUGGAGGGGCGUCCUGUAGUGGACUGUGACCAUGCUGACAGGCCUGUAGCAGUGAGAGCAUGUGGGGAUCCCUGCCCCAUGUGGGAUGUAGGGGCCUGGUCUCACUGCUCAAAGUCCUGUGGAAGGGGCUUUAAGAGGCGGCCAGUGCGCUGUAUCACCGACAACGGCCUGACUCUACCCAGAGAUCACUGUGCUGGAAGGAGGAAGCCUCAGGAACUGGACCUCUGCAACCUUAGGCCAUGUUAGAGCAGAGCAGACUUAGCGUGAGGACUACUUUUGUCAGUCAAAUUGAUGACUUGACAUGAACUUUCAGCUCUGAUCAGCAUGAUAAGGAUUCCAACGCUGUGUUGAGUUUAACUACUCUUAAAAGCAGCCUUACAGUGCCUGAAGGGGCGUCUGCUGCAACAAAAGAGGCUAAUAGAGACAGGGAGGGUCUUUCUCCAUUGUUUGAGGACAUGGACAUCUUUAAAGAUGUGGGAAAAGAAGGAAAUCUGUCCUUUGUGAACUGUUGGACCCUCUGCAGCAGGUUUGACUUGUGGUACGUCUACCUCUACCAGGAGAGAGGACAUAGUGCCUGAGAAUAUGGGAGUAAACAAGGAGAAAGAUGCAGAGACAGCAAUCACAGCCUGCUCAGAGACAUUGCCUCUUGGUGUUGUAACAUGCAUGGAAUGAGAUGAAAAUAUGAGGAAAAUUUAAGUCCAGGACAAACGGAUGGAAGUUUCACAAGGAGAAACUCAAAACUGCAGAAACACUGAGCAGUAAUCUCACCUGUGAAUUGACAUUUUUUCUUAUUUCACUUUAUCAAAAUGUGAAACACAGUACUGUAUCAUUCAUGCUGUUUUUACAUCUGCUUUAUUCACUUUUCAUUUUCUUUAUUCAGUGCUAAUUGCUGUCGUUCAUUGUAGAAAAACAAAACCAGCUAGCAAUUACGCUGCUCACCAGAGUGAUUUCAUCUUGACUAAAAGCUUUACAAGCUUCUUUUCCUGCAGUCUACAGUACAUGUUAUGCAUAUGUUACCACCCUAAUGAACUUCACCAAAAUCAAACAAUUCCUCACUGUUAACUGAGACCAAAAACUGAAGAAUAUUUUUAUAUAGAAGGGAAAUAAGAGUAGUUAGAGGUAGGAUGUAAUAAUACUCUCCGUAGUGAAUGUAUAAUAGGCUUUUUCCAGUGCAAUCAUAAUGCAUGUUCUGUGAAAACCAAACUGAGCAUAUUUAGCUAUUAGUGCUAUGUUGCCAAAGAGUUAUGACUUUCAAAGAGGCUUUGGUGCUGUUUUAACAGUAUCACUGCUUACCUUAAGUACCUUAAAGUCCAGCUAAGAUUUGAUUAUGUGUUUUACAGAAAAGAUUACAUUCCUGCUUUGUAUUGCGACUCCCUUUGUGCUCUUGUGUCUUAAAAGUUUGUUAAAAUCUGACCUCCUGGAAGCUCAACAGACAGCCUCUAGCUCCAAAACAUUUCAGUUAUAUAACCCAUUCGGCACUAGGGAACUGUGGCUCUUAAACCCUGGCCCCUGAUAAUGAUAAUAAUAAUUUACUCUUUGAAGGUUGCAUUACUUGAAAAUCAACUCCACCCUUGUAUCACUUGAAAUUGUUGGAGUUACAAUGUCUCUGGAAGCCUUUGCUUCCUGCACCAAGUUGAUCUCAGCUAUAGGUUGACCUUUGCAGAUUGAUUCUUCCUGCUCCUUAGUAGCAGUAACACAAUUUGUGGGAAAAAGCAAUCUUUCUUUUUUGGUUGACUAUAAUUAAAAUUGUCAUUUAUGUACCCAAUAGCAGGCAGAACUUGUCAUGAAGUUGACUGGUUUGAAAACAUCAGAUUAUUGUGUUACUCCAUUUACACCUGACUUUUACAUGUAAACAUGUUAGUUACUGAGAUGAGUGGCACACCUUCAGUAAGCCAAAAUCUUAGAGCUCACCAUACCCAUAUCCAUACAGAACAACCACCUUGAAACAUGUCAUAGUAACUUAAGUUAUUGUAUAGUUAUAGUAAUAAUGCAUGGCUGUAAAAAUUGCCAGGGCACACCAAGACUUGCCUCGAGGGACACCAGUGUGCUUUGCUACACCAUAUGAGAACCACUGACUUGGUCAUACUGGCCCAGAUUGUUCAAAAUCAGACUAACAAACCAAAAUAAUAUGAUCAGAUCAGAUCAGACUGAAUUAGAUAAAUUAGAUUAGAUAAGACUAGAUUUGAUUAGAUCAUAUCAAAUCACAUCAGCUUUUAUAAAUUUGAGGAGAUUAGAUUAGAUCCAUUUAAAUUAGAUUAGGUAGAUUAGAUCAGAUCAGAUUGUAAAGGUCAGAUCAUUUUAGAUCAGAUUAGACUGAAUUAGAUACUAUUAGAAUAGAAUAGAUUCAAUUAGACUAGGUUUGAUAAGAUAAGAUAAUACGAAAUCAGAUCUGAUUGUAUGGAUUAGAUUUGAUAGGAUCAGAUCUGAUCUUAUUAGAUCAGAUCAGAUUAAAUUGUUUAGGUCAGAUCAGGGGGAUCUGAUUGGUUUGUGGGCUCAGAUUUAAACCAAGUGAUCAUUUAUCUUGAACAUAUCCUGAUUCAGAGUAGGUUAGGUGUUCAGCACAAGUUAUCAUAAAGUGCUAAAAUCCCAGUUAACCCAGAUGUUCCUUACCCUGAUUUGUUUCACACAUCCAUCUGGGAAAGCUUCAUAAGGAAAUGUUUG